GCUGCGAAUAAGACAAAAAAAGUUGCAUGGUUUGUUUCGAAUUGUUGGGCCAAAAAUGAUCGCUUGAGCUAUGUCAGAGAGCUUAAAAAGUACAUUCAGGUCGACAUCUUUGGCACAUGCGGAGAUAUGGAAUGUCCACGAUCGGAUGAGGAGAAAUGCUAUCAAAUCCUUGACGAUGACUAUAAAUUUUAUUUGGCAUUUGAAAAUGCAAACUGCAAAAAUUAUAUCACUGAAAAAUUCUUUACCACGGGACUUGGGCAUGAUGUCAUACCCAUUGUGAUGGGGGCCACGCCUGAUGAUUAUGAAAAAUACGCACCGCUUCGAUCUUACAUUCAUGUCGAUCAUUUUAAGUCACCAAAAGAAUUGGCCGAAUACUUGCACAUUCUGGAUAAAAAUGAUGAUUUGUAUAAUUCGUAUUUUAAAUGGAAGGGAACUGGUGAGUUUCUUGGCACAUGGGCCAGAUUUUGGUGCCGAAUGUGCGCUAUGUUACAUGACGAUCAUACCAUGUCGAAAACUCGUUGGUAUGAAGACAUAAAUGAUUGGUGGCGAGAGCCAGGCAUGUGCACCAUGGGAUAUUGGCGUGAUUUUAAUAUCGAAAAUAGUUCAAUGACCAACGGGACAGAGUUAAUGAAUCCGUACACCAAACGUGAAUUGAAGCAAAUUGAAGUAGUGAAAAAGUGUGAAGAAAAUGGGCAAAGAAGUGAGGCUUCUUGACGAUAUAAUGGCAUCACCACCGAAACUUGAUCGAACGAUAUUUUUCGAGGAUACAUCGUGUAAAAGCGGUAUCGUAUCAUUUACUUCGAGGUAAUCGAUUGUUAGUUUGUUCAAAUUUUCCUCGGAACUUCCACACGAAAUAUUGGCUUAACUAACCUCCGUAGCAAUUUCAUUUUAAUUAUUGUUUUUCUAUAGGCAAGCUUGUGCCAUCGAAUCGGCUGCAAAGUGGAAUCCAAAUCGGGACAUUUUUGUGUAGUUCACUGCGCCUAUAGGCUUGCCUGCAAAUGGAUCAAUGGUCAAAUCACCAAUAUUGAAAGCAUUAUCGUCAUACUCGAACAUCAAGUAUCGCAAUGUGGAUUGGUAUAAAUAUGCCAUUGAUACACCAGCUGAAGCAUGGGUAAAAAACGAUAAAAUGCUCAUGACAGAACAUUUCAAGGAUCAUAUUUCUACGAAUUUUCUCUGUCUACAAAUUCGGUGGAAUUCAUAUAGACUUGGAUUUUAUCGUUGAAUUGACAUUUGAAAAUUUUCCACCCAACUUUAUCGGCGCGCAAGACGAUAACAAAGUACAAGGUGCAGUUUUUGACUUUGAAUCGAGAGAUGUUGGUCAUAAAAUUGUUGAAUUGAUUUUGAGAAAUUUCACAGAACAUUACACGACAAAUGGACCGGCUUUGAUUACGAAUGUUCUGCAGCAUGUAUUUCGAACGAAAGUUUUCACCAAUUUGAAACCAGAACUAUGUUGGGGCUUAAAAAUUUAUAAUCCGCCCGCUUUUUAUCCGAUUUAUUAAGCGGAUUGGAAAGAUUUUUUUGAAACCAAGUGGAGGAUUCUUUGCAGUUCAUUUUUACAACGAUGCAAUGCAGUAUCAGAAAACAUUGAAAUCACAACUGACGAACAUUUAUCGAAUAUUAGCCGAGAAAAAUUGCCCAAAAGUCAUAGCAGCAUCCGGUGAUUUUUUAAUUUUUAAACGAAUUCACUUGGAUUAAAUCAAAUUAUGCCACAUUUACUAGUCGAAAAAAUCACCCAAUAUACUAAUGGUAAGAUAUCUUUGGGACAUUCUUAACGGGUGAUCCGAUCUAAGCAUCCCGUACAUCAUUGGAAAAGUCUUGAGACGGAGAUACCAUAGGAAUACUUUUGGGAUAUUUUUGUGACACCUGUAAAUGAAUUGUCCAAAUAAAACAACAAUUCAAAAUGUCACAAUUUUAUUUUUAAGACAUUUUUGU